AUGUACUUUCCAAGAAAAACUAGCUCAAAGAAGGAAAAAUUGGGAGAAACUUCUGGUUCAAGACCUCCGGUCCCUCUGACUGAUUCACCAAGUAAGUCUCUGCCUCCUUGUCGCUUUGUCAAUUUAAAGCAAAUUGCUUCUUCUCUUCCCCAAACCACUCAUAUCUACACCCAAUAUGAAAACCCACCUUCUACCAUUAAACCCUCUAACACUCCAACCUCUAAUCCAACAUCUUCCCCACUUGAAAAAUUCAAUCACUCCACCACUACCUUACCCGUUUCUAUAGCAGAAAUGCUGAACAAAACCACCUCACCCUCAUCUUCUACACCUUCAUCUCCACCUUACUACGUCUUAUCAUCAGACUCAGAACCCUCUGACCCCCCAAUCCCCUACACUAGCCUAACUUCAGAAGCCACCACUCCACCUCCUGAACAACAAAAUCCACCACCAUCUGAACAACCACAAACACCACCUUCUGAACAACCUCAAAUACCGCCUCCUGAACAACCAGCAAAUACACCAUCUGAACAACCUACAACACCACCCUCUGAGAAAGUUAUCAUCCCUACCUCUCCAACUCCCGCUGACACUGCCCAAACACCACCAACAUCUCCAUCCCCUAACCCAGAACCAGAACCUGCCUUCCCCACCUUAGAAGAAGCAAUUACUUUAUUUGUUGAGUCUUUAGUGGAAAAGAUCAAGUCUCUGUCUGUAAACUCUGGCAUCAAUGAUGAUCCUUCUGCAGUGAGGAUUCACUAG